AUGCAAGAGCAAGCCGUUAACGCGUUGAGCGCCUUAAACAUUGGACCUGUCAAAGCGUUUAAUAUCAUGAGGACAUUGUAUGGUGGGUUUGACAAGGUUGGGGCAACCAAAAACGAUUUUAAAAAUUUCAAGCGAGACCUGAACAGGUAUAUAUCUGAGUUUGACGCUAAUAUGAUGAUUAAACGGCUUAUGAGGAAGAAAGAGUACAUGCCAAACUUUUCAAUGGAGUAUAUAACAGACGAACAUGGUAUUUUAAGGGGUUUGUUUUGGGCAGAUGAAGAUGCCAAAAGGAAUUUUUUGGUGUUUGGUGACGUUGUUUCAUUUGAUGCCACAUAUCGUCGUAACAAGUACAACAUGAUGUUUGUUCCAUUUACCGGUAUCGACAAUCACAAUCGCAACGUUACUCUUGGUGCCGCUAUAAUAGGAAACGAAACUGCUGAAACUUACAGUUGGUUGCUAAAUGUGUUUCGUGAAGCAUUUGGCCGUGCCCCUCCGGUGAUUGUCAUCGACCAAGACCCAGCCAUGAAGAAGGCUAUUGAAAAUACAUGGCCCGAGAGUAGACAUAGGCUAUGCAUGUGGCACAUCAUGGACAAGCUUUCUGCUAAGGUUGGUGCUACAAUCUGCAAUAAUACAGAUUUCAAAAAGAGUUGUGUGCCAUUGUGUGGACCGAUUCAAUUCUACCUGUUAAGUUUGAAAUCACUUUAUCAAAUCAGGGAUACUUGGAUACCUGCUUAUUAUCGUGAGGAGGUCAUGUCGGGGCUAGUGCGUACCUCUUCUCGUUCAGAGACUCAGAGACAUGAGCACAGGAAGAAUGACCAUGACACCAGAAAUACCAACGCUGAAAUAUGGGCUGAAGACUUUGUUUUGGAGGAUCAAGCGUCCAUGAUAUACACACGCACUAUAUUUUUUGACCAGCAGUUGGAGAUACAAAACAGUAUACACAGAUUUGCUUUCGGAAAGUGGGAAAACAUGGCUGACUUCGUUAACUUUUUCGUGAAGGACUGGGAACAACCAUGCACUACUUUCUUCGAGGUUAUGAUGCGGGAGGACGACAUGACUGUGUAUUGUACAUGCAAAAGAUUCGAACAGUUUGGGUUGUUGUGCUCACACAUCUUUUGUGUGCUAAGGAUGCUUGACAUUAGGGAGUUUCCACAACGCUAUAUAUUACGACGUUGGACUCGGGAGGCUGUUCCAAAUAGUGCCCCUGGUGCUAUUCUAGGUAUCCAUCAGACUGAGGAUCGUUAUAAUGAAGUUAACCGUGUUGUAUGUGAGAUCACAUAUUCUAUGGAGUCGGUUAUUAACAAGUUUGUCACCAACUUUGAUGCGCUAUGCUCGUUCAGGGAUCAUGUUGUUAAUUAUUUCAAAACUUCGGAUGAGUCGGUCGUCAAUGCUCCACCUAAGAGCCGUCGUGAAAGGUUUGCCGAAAUUACUGGUAACACAAAACCAUCGGAUGCAACCGUUCGUGUUCCCAUUGGAACAAGAUUCAAAGGUAUGGGUAAGCCUAAACGGAUGAAGUCCAAACGUGAAAUUGCAUUAAGUCAGUUGGGUAAAAAGAGCCGUCAGUGUCAAAACUGUUUUAGAUACGGGCAUAACAGACGUACUUGCAAAAACCCUACCCAUACUAAAGAACAAGCUAUGGCCGAGGAUGACGGUGAAGAAGCUGAUGAAGUUGACGAGAAGGAAGAUGAAUGGGAGGAAGUUGAAGAAGAUAUGGAUGAACAAGAUGAGGAUGCAUUAGACGGGGAGGAUGGGGAAGAGGAGUAG